ACCUCAAAGAAGGCUGGUAUAGGUGCGAAGAAGUCGGGAACGAUGACUCCUCACGGUACAGGGGGUUUGGAUGCUCGACUAUUCGACAUGGCCGCGUUGAAUUUGGUAUCAAAGGGAGAAGAGCCGAUCAAUGAACCUCCUCCGAAAAUUGCACUGGAGCGUGGAAAGCUGUUGCAGGAAGUUCGGAAAGUCCUUGAAAGGCAAGGAGGUGACAAAAAGGCUGUUAGCUUGGUCGUGAUUGGUACUAAGUCUUGCUGGCAUUUUCAAGUGAUUUUUUGUUGAUGCUGAAUGACAGGACAUGUCGAUGCUGGAAAGUCGACGCUCAUGGGCCGUUUGCUCUAUGAACUGGGGAGAGUUGACGAAAAGACCCGUGUUGCUAAUGAGAGAGGCAGCAGUAAAGCUGGAAAGAGCAGCUUCAGCUGGGCAUGGGAGUUAGACGGAACCAUCGAAGAACGAGAGAGAGGAAUCACGAUGGACAUUGCUUUACAAUCUUUGUCGACCCCUCAACGACAAGUCACCAUUCUAGAUGCCCCUGGACACAAGGACUUCAUCCCAAACAUGAUUUCUGGAGCUGCACAAGCUGAUUGCGCGCUACUUGUAGUUGAUGCUAUCACUGGAGAGUUCGAGGCAGGUUUCGACCGCGGUGGUCAGACUCGUGAACAUCUGCUGCUAGUUCGGAGCCUCGGUGUAUCUCAAGUUAUUGUGGCAGUCAACAAAUUAGAUCAGGUUAGUUUAGGGUCUCAUGAUUCUGCGUCUUUAUCAUUGCCGACAUGGUUGCAGGUCAAUUGGGAUCCGAGUCGAUUUGAAGAAAUAUGUGGGUUGUUACGUGCCUUCCUUGUCCAGUCUGGGUUUCCCUCUUCGAAAACAAGCUUUGUCCCAGUAAGUGCCAUGCUCGGCGUUAACCUUGUCAACAAUGCCGAUGCUUCGGUACUGUCUAAAUGGUACAAAGGCCCUACACUGGUUGACUUGCUUGAUAAACUGGAGCCCCCCACUCGAGAAAUUGCAUCCCCAUUAAGAUUGCCGAUAUCCAAUGUCUUCAAGGGACAAAAUUCCGGAACGGGUGUAACUGGUCGUAUAUGCGGUGGCGUUGUGCAAGUCGGAGAACGCCUUCGAGUACUUCCGGGAGAUGAAUCUGCGAUAGUUCGACUUAUCGACGUGGAGGAACAGAGCGUGCCUUGGGCAGCAGCUGGAACCAAUGCAACUCUGUACCUGACCUCCAUCGACCCUAUCCAUCUGAGCAUCGGAAGCGUCCUUUGCCCGCCAUCAGAUAUUGUGCCAUUGGCUACAGUCUUCACAGCUCGAAUCAUAGUAUUCGACAUCCAGCUCCCAAUCACUACUGGUACAUCAAUCGAGCUGUUCCAUCACUCACGAGAUGUACCUGCCACGAUAUCAAAGUUGAUCGCUACCUUGGACAGAGCUUCUGGGGUAGUGACGAAGAAGAAUCCUCGGGUCCUGUCCAGGGGUACUUCUGCUGAGGUGGAGAUUAGCCUGCGUGUCGCGACCUUAUCAGGUCCUACACUCAGUACUCGCCCUAUCCCACUGGAGCCAUUCUCUGUGAAUAAAGAUAUGGGAAGAAUUCUCGUUCGACGAGGAGGUGAGACGAUAAGCGUAUUGUUCUGGACGUUAUCUCUUGAAUUUAAGACAGUAUCACAAUAGAAAUGCAUAUAUAACACCAAUACUAUGUACAACAGCCACAUGAGCCCUACAGAAUUCUCAUUAAUACAAGGAAAGAGGUAUCGUUUGCGCAAUGCUGAAAG